UCAUUUCUGGUACUGUAUAAAAGACUGGUUAGAGUACUGACGCCUAUCACAGACCCCCAGCUGCUCUGUGUACUGUAGUCCGAUCAUCAUGCGUGAAAUUGUACAUCUGCAAAUUGGACAAUGUGGCAACCAGAUCGGCUCAAAGUUUUGGGAAGUGAUCAGUGAAGAACAUGGGCUCAAUGCAACAGGCAUCUAUGAGGGAGACAGCGACCUCCAACUGGAGAGGGUCAACGUCUACUUCAAUGAGGCACAUGGUGGUAAAUAUGUCCCCAGGGGCCUUCUUGUUGACCUGGAGCCUGGUACAAUGGACAGUGUCAGAGGAAGUCGCAUCGGCGCCCUUUUUAGGCCAGACAACUUCAUCCAUGGGAACUCAGGAGCUGGGAAUAACUGGGCGAAGGGCCACUACACAGAGGGAGCAGAGCUGGUGGAGCAGGUGCUUGACAGAGUGAGGAACGAGAGUGAAAGCUGUGAUUGCCUGCAGGGUUUCCAGCUCGUUCACUCAUUGGGGGGUGGCACUGGCUCUGGAAUGGGAACCCUCAUCAUCAACAAGAUCCGAGAGGAGUACCCCGACCGCAUCAUGAACACCUUCAGCGUCAUGCCCUCCCCUAAGGUCUCUGACACGGUGGUGGAGCCCUACAACGCCACCCUGUCAGUGCACCAACUCCUGGAGAACACAGACGCGACCUUCUGCAUCGACAACGAGGCCCUCUACGACAUCUGUUUCCGCACGCUCAAACUGAUCACACCAACUUACGGGGACCUCAACCACUUGGUCUCCUUGACCAUGAGCGGAGUCACGACCUCUCUGAGAUUUCCCGGACAGCUCAACGCAGACCUGAGGAAGCUGGCUGUCAACAUGGUGCCUUUCCCUCGCCUCCACUUCUUCAUGCCAGGCUUUGCCCCCCUGACGGCCCGCGGCAGCCAACAGUAUCAAGCUGUGACGGUGCCUGAGCUCACCCAGCAGAUGUUUGACGCCCGCAACAUGAUGACAGCGUGCGACCCAAGGCGGGGGCGCUACCUCACCGUUGCUGGCAUCUUCCGCGGCAAGAUGUCCACCAAAGAGGUUGAUGAACAGAUGCUUGCAAUCCAGCAGAAAAACAGCAAAUACUUUGUGGACUGGAUCCCCCACAAUGUGAAGGUUGCCGUGUGUGACAUCCCACCCCGAGGCCUCAAAAUGGCCUCCACCUUCAUCGGCAAUAACACGGCCAUUCAGGAGAUAUUCCGCCGUGUGGGAGAGCAGUUCUCCCUGAUGUUCAGACGGAAGGCUUUUCUCCACUGGUAUACAGGGGAAGGUAUGGAUGAAAUGGAGUUCACUGAGGCAGAGAGCAACCUCAACGACCUGGUGUCGGAGUACCAGCAGUACCAAGACGCCACUGCUGAUCAAGAUUCGGAAGCGGAGGACGAAGAGGAGGAGGAACCCUCAUCAUCAGCGACAACAAAGGUUCAGUCUCGGGUGGAAAUUAAACUGGAAACAGUGACUGAAACGAGCAAAGACACUGUAGAUGAGUAGAAGACAAAGGGCAUACAGUGUGGUGUGUAGGUUUGACACCUUGUUGCACGGAUGUGGAGAACAUAUGUGGGAUUGUUGGUCUGAAAAGGAACUCUUAUUUUGUAGUUUAAUUUAUACCUAUAGUAUUAUAUAGCCUAUAAGUACCUUUAGUACUUAUUUGAUAGGUGAAAGGUGCUGUGACAUUUAAACAAUAGUGCUUAUUGUGUUUUAUGAAUUCUUCAAAUGAUUUGGAAGCUUGUAUGUUUGUUUUUUAAGGUUGAGUUUUUUUCUUUUAUAGUAAAUAUCUGAAAAUCAUAGAAAUGUUUGCAUGUAUAUAUGGGAAAUUGUAUGUUAUGUAUGCAGCUCUAUAUAACCCACUGCCAUAAAAAUGAAAUUGUGAUGUUAACACUGUUUGUCCAUUUUUUUUUCCAGACCUACAGUAAAUGUUGCAUUGAGUGUUUUGUAUGUAAGUUAUGAGAGUAAUUAAAAAACAGUAAAAACCAAA